UUCAACUCAGCAUCCACAUUUUUAUAAUAAUCACUACUAGAACAACGAAAAUUAACUACGGACAAAUUCGUCCCACAGAUUAUCAAAAAAAUUAUAAAAUUGUGUUAGCUGCAAGCAAUUUAGCGGCUUUUCAUUUUUUUUUUUUUUUUUUUUUUUUUUUUUUUUUUGGUGGUGAGUGACAUUUAAGUUUCAUGCUUCACUGCAGCAAAGGGCAGUCCAAUGCAGGGGACGAGGCUCGAACUCGAACCACAAGGGUCUAGGACUCGAACCAUUCAGCCAAUUAAUUUCCGCCAAUUUCCGCGCUCGACUCAAUCCACCUCUUAUCCUAAAGUUCAUCUUCGAACCAAAAAAGCCAUGGCUUGUACUUCACUUUCACUUUCUUUUCUUCACAACGCUUGCGCCGAUAACAAGCAGCUGACUCUUUCAUUCCGUACCAAAUUGGUGACGUCAGCUCGGCCUCUUACGGUUGAAGCCAAGGCCACAACCAGAAGAGAAGACAGAACUGCCCGACAUGUUCGUAUUCGGAAGAAGGUUGAAGGGACACCUGAAAGACCAAGAUUGUGUGUCUUCCGUUCCAACAAGCACAUCUAUGUUCAAGUAAUUGAUGACUCCAAGAUGCACACACUGGCAUCUGCUUCAACAAUGCAGAAACCGAUCUCUGAGGAAUUCGACUACUCCGCUGGCCCCACUACAGACGUGGCGAAGAAAGUUGGGGAGGUUAUAGCUAAGGCCUGUCUAGAGAAAGGAAUCACUAAAGUAGCCUUCGACCGAGGAGGUUAUCCUUACCAUGGACGGAUUGAAGCUCUCGCUGAUGCUGCAAGAGAACACGGCCUUCAGUUUUAGAAAGUGCAGAUUUCUUUUGUUCUUUUUUUGUUGUGCAAAUUACCUUUUCUGAUCUUCCCAUUUGUUCCCAGUUUGUAAAACUCAUGUCUAAGAAGUAAGAUGAACUGGAGUUUAAAUGUAUGAUCUGCAAUUCUUUUUGGUUUUAUGGCUCCUUUAAAUCAGAACUUA